AUGAAUGGUGCACAACCUAGUAACAUAGACUAUAAGUUAUCAGCAGCAGCAAUGGGUUUAAUGGUCUGCAUAAUAGCAUUACCAUCAAUUGUGCUUAUAGCAAAAUUGGCUUUAGGGAUGUCUGUUAUAGUACUUGGAUUUCUUGCAGUAAAAAUUGUUUCCAGAGUGAUUUCAGAUAUUUUUAAAGUGAACAACACAGCAGCACAAGGUCAAGCAAGUGGUGAUACGUCUCAAAAUCCUACAAAGCAGAGACAAGCGAUAAGCAUUGCUGUUGGAGCAGUGGCUCUUUUGAUAUCUGGAAUAUCGUUGCUAGCUAUAGCAGAAGCAGGUAUGAUAGCAGCGUGUUCAGCUGCUGCUGUUCUAGCUCUAUACGAAUUUGCACAAAAAGGAGAGUUGGGUAAAAGUAUGGGUGAAAAUUUUAAUAAGAAGGCUAACAUGAUACAUGACCUUGCUGUUAGUAGUAUUGAGAGUUUUAUUUCUACAAGUCGAGGUAUACUAGUAAGCUAG